AUGCGUCUUAGCGUUGUCGCUGUCGUGGGUCUCGCUAUUGCCCCUGCGUUAGCGAACUGCCCUUAUGGCCGAGAUACGGGCACUGAGAUUGACCAUAGUGCCACUCUCCAUGCACACUUACCUCGAGACGCCAUUCUGAGCAAAUCAACCACAAGUGCUGCGUCUCCUACUCCCUCCGCAGCGGCUGGGAAAAAGGGUCUGCUGUUGAUGAACCGAAUUGCGCCCGGCGCCUCAGAACUAUACAUCGCCAACGCAGACGGCACCAACGAGCGUCCUUUAUUGAAAGACCCCGGCUAUGAAUACCAUGCCGAAUUCUCUCCCGAUGGUGAAUGGAUCAGCUUUACCAGUGAGCGCAACGGCGAUGGAAACUCCGAUAUCUGGCGUGUGCGCCCAGAUGGAUCCGAUCUACAGCCGAUUGUGACAUCCCCAUCAGUGGAAGACAGCGUUACAAUAUCACCCAAUGGAACAUUGGCAGCAUAUGUUUCGACAGCCAACAGUUACAUCGCUAACAUUUGGGUCAAAGACCUGGAGACUGGGGCCGAGUGGAAUAUCACAGAUACACCAGCUAACCGACCAGAUGAGGACAUGAUGCGCGGGCACUUCCGUCCAGCUUGGUCGCCAGAUGGAAACUGGCUUGCAUUUUCCUCAGAUCGCAACACAAGAUGGAAUGGCCACGGAAAUCUUACCUAUCUCGGUCUGAAUGGCUGGGAGCACACUCAAGAACUCGGAAUUUAUGUUAUUCGCCCUGAUGGCUCGGAUCUUCGCCGUAUCGUCAACCGUACAGGCCACUGCCUUGGGUCUCCCAAAUGGUCACCUGAUGGCAAGCGCCUCAUAUUCUACGAGAUGACUUGUAAUGGGACAUGGCAUGCGCAUCGACCUGAGCUCGUGGCAGCUGCCAAUUCCACAAUUUUGUCAAUUGGAAUCGACGGCAAUGGCCCUCGAACUGAGGUUGGCGGUAGAGGUGUCAAGACAUUUCCUCAAUACGUGACGAAUUCCACCAUUGGGUACCAUCUGAAGGGUGGCGUUAAGGAGGGCGUGUACCUCACAAAUGGUACGUACUUCAAUACCACUAUCCGCUCUCCCUCGUGGUCUCCUGAUGGAAAGUACAUUGUUUACGAGAAAAUUGAUUGGUCUAUCCGCCCUCUUUUUAAAGAGCUCUACAGCUGGGACAGUGACUGGGAAUACCGCUUCACUGAUGUAUUCCCUCAACUCUCGUCGGACGAUCGUGUGGCUCUGACUGAAAGGCAACUUGGGAACUCCUCAAUUGCCACAUUUGACCUAGAGGAUAGGGAGAUCUCCUUACUCUACAACCCUAAUGAUACCAGUCUUCUCGACACGACUCUGAUUCCAGAAGGUCUGGCCGGGGCUUACAGUCCCAGCUGGUCCCCGGACGGCGAAUGGGUCGUCUUCGGAGUAGGCGCCUGGUUUGAGGCGCGUGAUUGGCGAGGAGGCUGGAUUGUGCGUUCCACUGCAAACGGCAGCCACAUCGACGUCCUCACCUCUAGCAACCUCUGGAUAAAUGGAACCAAGGACCUAAACACUGGUUUUCCCAGCUUCUCUCGCGACGGCAAGAAGGUGGUCUACCGCGUCUGGGGUGCCGACACCGCUAAGUACGGCGACGCGACAGAUAUUGGUUUACGCGUUAUCGACAUGGAGACUAGAGAGAUUACCCAACUCACCAGUGGCUGGGACAAUCUUCCCUCUUUCUCGCCCGAUGGGGAACGGAUAGUCUUCACCCGCAAGGUUUCUCCGACUAACUACGAUGUCUGUAUCAUUCGCCCUGACGGCACUGAUCUUCGCAUUCUGACGUCGAGCGGCGCCAAUGACGCCCACGCCGUUUGGCGCCAAGAUGGAAAAAUCAUGUGGUCCUCCGGAAUGUACGGGUUCCAGUAUGAGUGCCCUUUGUACGACGAGACAUUCCAGCCCUACGGUCAGAUCAUGAUCAUGGACUCCGAUGGGUCCAAUAAGCGUGCCUUGACCAACUCCAUCUGGGAGGAUCCUAUGCCGCUCUUUCUUCCUAAAGAUGGGUUCUAG